AUGAUGAACGUCACAUUAGAACCGGUUGAUUAUUUGAAUCAUCCAAAUUCUUCAUUCAAAAAAGAUAAGUUAAAUUUAAAAGAUUUCGAUUUGAUUAAUAACAAUUUACCCCCAAAUACUGGUCCUCCAGGUACUGUAUCAGUGAAUGCUAAUAAUGGAAACAAUAAUAAGAAUUUGAGUCAUGUUCCUUGUAAGUUUUUUCGUCAAGGAAUUUGUCAAGCAGGAGAUUCGUGUCCUUUUAGCCAUAAUUUAGAAGGGUCUUUAGGUGCUGAUAAGUUACCUUGCAAAUAUUUUCAAAAAGGAAAUUGUAAAUUUGGAUUGAAAUGUGCUUUAGCUCAUUAUUUGCCUGAUGGAACCAGGGUGAAUUCUAAGUCCUAUGGUAGGAAGUAUUAUAAUAAUAAUGGUUUUAAUAAUGGUAUUAAUAAUAAUAAUGGUAAUAACAAUAGCAGUAAUGGUAAUGGUAAUAACCACUUCAAUUAUAACGUCCCACCACCCAAUUCUCAACCGAUAGAUAUCUCCAGUUCAAUGAGAUCGAGUAUUUCAUUAGAUACUGCAGGAUUGAGUUCUCAAAAUUUGAAUACUUGGAGUAAUGGAUCUAAUUUCACCUUUAACAAUCCCGUGAACUCCAAUUCGUUUAAUCAAGGUCCAAUCUCAUUAACCGCUCCUAGUAGUGCUAUUUCCAACAAUUACAAUACCAGUCCUACGGGAGGAAUUUUCAGCAAUGUCUCCAAUAAUACUUCCCCAACUACAUUUUAUAAUUCUUCUCCAUCAUCAAAUUUCUUUUCUAACAAUCAAUUGAUGUCACCAAAUGGGAAUUCUCAGUUCAUAAAUAUUAGUGGAAAUUUCCCUCCAUCAUCAUCUUCAUUUGGUAAACCAACAUUUGGUUCAUACUUACAAGAGAGUUUACAAGAAUCCCCAGUGAUUGAGGAAGACAAAAAAACUGAUGAUAUUUUCGAAGAAGAUUACGUUCCUGCUUCUUUAGGGGAUAUCAUCUUAACUCCUCAAGAGUUACAAAGAAGAGAUUCAAGAUCUCAAUCAGGAACUUUGUUUAUUAGACCCAAUUUGAAUAACGAAAAAAUUAAUGACGAUGUUUUUUUAAUGGAUUAA